AUUAUUUAAGGGCCUUUAUAUAGUUAACACCGUAAGUAGACAUCCGUCUGAAGCCGAAUAAAUUUAUGGACUACUCGAUGCCAUGAUUACCUCCCCACGCAACCUGUCAAGGCCUAACAAAAGCAGUUCAUUGUCAUGGCUAGCUUAAAGGCACGUCUUCAUAUUCUUCUGCUUCCAUACUACACGAGGCCUGGUGGCAAACUUUGUGGACCUCCAUCUCCAAGCGCAUAAAGUAAGUUCGCUAAGGGUUUGGGGCGCAAGAAGUUAUAUUUUACAUCAUACAUAGGCCGCAUUUGCGCCGCGUCAUUAGGCAGGCAGCUGUCGGUGGCGGACCCCGGGCCGCCGAACCGAGAGCGACGAGUGUCGCCUACCUGAUUGCCACUUUUAUGACUGCAUACUAGUAGGGCUGAAUGUCCAACUCACACGACUUACCACUCCUCAAGAAGCGCUUUCAUCGGUGGCAAACUUGACAGUUAAAGGGGACUACUGGGAACAGCUUGUUUCAAUUGGUCUGUAUCUCUGCUAAACGACUUUGGGAAUGGGCGUCGCCCAAAAUCGCCGAGGCGUUGACCAUACCUAGGCCUGUAUGCAUAUGCAUGGUGCUGCAGUCUAUCGAUAAACGCUUACAUUCGGUCACAAUGUGCAAACUCCCAUGCCUCAUGAAACCGAUAUUGUUACUGACAGGUGGGUUGCUUAUGCAUGCGUCGCGGUUACUUUGGCGCGCUAUAGCUCGAUGGUUGCAUUUCUAGAACAAGAAUUCAAUGGUUUGGCACUGGUCCAAGUGCCACAGACGUCGUAGCUAACGAAUAUGAUGGGCGGCUUCCUUAACGAUCCGUUUCGAGUGAGGGUCAAGGUUGGAGUGUUCCAUCCACAUGUUCGGACUCCUUGCCAGUCACACGCCAGACUGAAAGGAUAUCAAGUAACCGCAGAUGUAUAUUGCUUAUCAUGUUGUAUAAAGAUUAAUUCGCCUUGGAAAUGGCCAAUUCGCCUUGUUGGAUUCAUUCGCCUUGGUGACAUCUUGGCUUUGCACAUGGACGCCAUGAUGACAAAUCAGCUUCUGGCAAAACUACACGUACGUUGACGUUAUCUGGUCGUAUCCUCACUUCCAGCUGUCGUUUUGCGGCAUGUCUUCGUAGAGUGCGGUGUUGUAGUUGAGUAGGACAGGAGCAAGCAAUGGGGAGAGGUUCGCAUGUGAACCGCGAGUACAGGCAUACGCUGGCCGAGCGCUGGAAGGGCGGGAUGGACAAACGACGUACUUGUGCCCUUGCUGCUUGCUGCUUACUAACACAUACGUGCAACACGUACUGAGGUGUCAUCCACCCCCGCAUACCCCUAUGUUCACAGAAUGCGAAGCUAACAUACAUUAUCAACGUACGAGGAGUUUACGAAACUCCCAUUUACUACUUGGCAGUUGGCAGCAACAACAAGCACAGAUAACUAACGUACUGGCUUACCGUCCACGUGGCAAUGGCGCCGCCGACAUUAUUACCAAAAGAAAUGGCGUGCAGAGGAUCUUCCAGAAAGCAGCUGUGGUGGCCCUACGUGCCACGCAUCCCGCUGGCAGCCUUGCUGGUUCUGGUCUGGGUGUUUUCUUCCUCGACCUGUAGUGGCACAGUCCCCGGGUCGCUCCAGCUUUACUCUACUUAACUAAUAUAGGCUUGAUUGGAUGACUUGGUUGACGAUGAAGAAGAAGGAUUAUAGGUUGAGAGGUAGUGGAAAGACUAGCGUCAGCCAGCUUUAAAUAGGGCGCCGCCCUGUACGACUCAUUCAGAUCAUCCAUUCCGGGAUCGGUUACUCGAGUCGCAUUGCGAGAUCAUUAGCGUCAUCAUAGACGUGGCUACUAGCCUCUUUAGGCGUAUGACCCAUACUUAUAUUUCCACUUAUAAAUCCACCUUGUGACCACUGAAACAGGUACGUGCUUACGUUUAUAGGACUGUAUGUAGGCUAAUGAGCUUGACUUUGCACGUAGCUAGGUAGGCUUGCAGCAGCAUGGGCCUUACUUUAUUUGGAGCCACUUCAUGCACUACACCUGCACUACAUGUCUGUCUGUAUGUGCAAUUCAAAAUGACACAUCAGGGUACAGACACACGCAGUAAUGUCACCACAAGGGUAAUUAGGCCAAUACCUGCAGGCGAUGCAUGGACGAACUCGUAUAAAUCGCAGUAACGAUAGCUAUUAACAGUGUUGCGUGAUCAGUACCCCAAUUUUGGUUCUUCAUACUUAAUUUUGCCGUCUUGUAUACCCUCCAGGUGGCACCACCUGCAACUUGUAUAACUGGAAUAGUGGCGAUUACUGUGGCUACGCCACUCCGUAUGGAAACAUAUGUUGCGCCAACGGCAUGUGCUGCUCAGUGUUCGGUACAUGUGGCUAUUCAUCCUUAGAAUGCGGUAGUUACUGUCUAACGGGAUACGGUACAUGCUAUGUGUCACCCAGCCCUCCACCCAGCCCUUUUUCACCGCCGCCCAGCCCUCCAUACAGCCCUACAUGGUUCAGGCCUCCACCACCCGGGCCGCCGCCUCCACCCAGCCCUUUAUCACCGCCGCCCAGCCCUCCACCCAGCCCUACAUGGUUCAGGCCUCCACCACCCGGGCCGCCGCCUCCACCCAGCCCCUUAUCACCGCCGCCCAGCCCUCCACCCAGCCCUACAUGGUUCAGGCCUCCACCACCCGGGCCGCCGCCUCCACCCAGCCCUUUAUCACCGCCGCCCAGCCCUCCACCCAGCCCUACAUGGUUCAGGCCUCCACCACCCGGGCCGCCGCCUCCACCCAGCCCUUUAUCACCACCCAGCCCUCCACCCAGCCCUUUAACACCACCCAGCCCUCCACCCAGCCCUUUAACACCACCCAGCCCUCCACCCAGCCCUUUGACACCCACCCCUCCGCUCAGCCCUUCGGUGCCCAGCCUUUUAUUACCACCCAGUCCGCCGCCUCCUCCCAGCCUUUUAUUACCACCCAGUCCGCCGCCUCCUCCCAGCCUUUUAUUACCACGCAGCCCGCCACCCAGCAAUUCGACACCCACGUCAUCAGGUGUACAUGCGCCGCCAGCACCGCCAUGUGAGUCUUAUCGCAAUAAUUACCGGUACUGUUUUGAUUUCCAGACAGUUGAAUGAUUGCGUGUUCCGGUGUGCCUACCUGCACCGUUCGAGCCGGCAGGAAGGGGGGGGGGGCAAUGACACAAGUGAGAAACCGACUUUGAUAGUAAUUUGGGUCAUCAGGUUCCCAUACGGGCCGCCGCUUAGCUUGGGGGCAGCUCUGCUUUGAUGGUUCCUGAUAGGUGUGCAGGAGAUGCGAGCUAACAUGUGCCAAAGGACCUUCACAACUAACGUGCAACAUAUGGGCCCUUUCCUAAUAAUACCUUGAUUGCAUCUUAACAUUGCCCGCGUACCGUGAUUGCUUUAUUUCCUAUUUGCCGUUACGUAUGUAUGUAAUGCAGCUCUUGAGGCGGCCGCAGCAGCCGUCCCAGCAGCGGCACAGAAUGUGACGACGCCAAGUUCCCUUCCUCCACCGCCACCAAGUCGGCCACCACCACCACCAGGGCCGACCGCUGCUGGUGCAGCGCAAGAUAGCGGGGCAUCGUCAGACAGUUCACAGCUGCGUCCAGCCAUUAUUGGAGCUUUGUGCGGUGUGGCUGGAUGUGUGGUCCUUGCAAUCAUUGGUGUUCUGCUGUAUCGUAGCAGGCAUGCGGCACCCAUCCAACCGCACCAUGUCUCGAUCGUCAUACAGUCCCCGUCCAGCAGCCCUACAAAAGCUGAUGGGAAUGCCCCGGUCGUUCUAGCCCUCGAUGCAACGGGUGAGCUAAAGAAGCCAUCACAUCCUUCAUCAGCAGGUGCUAGAGAUGAGCAGCAGGCCAGCAACCCCACAGAACGUGUAACAGCAUGGCCUUCGCAAACCCAGCAUGAGAAGCACGGCGGCGGUGCGACAACUGCCGGCAGUCUGCUACCUCCAGAGAGCCGAGAGCUAGCCCACCAGAUGAUGUCAAGCAUUGACGCCCUGCACGUCAAGGUUGGGACCAUCAAGGACGCCAUUCAAAAUCAAAGCAGCACAGCCGAGGCGAUGGCAAAAGACAUCAAGAAGGAAUUGAAUGUUGUGGCAAAGUUCAUAGCGCAGAUCGACAUGAAUCCAAUGCCUGCAUGGCAUAUCAUCAUUCCCGCAGAGAAUCCGGAGGAUCCCAAGAGGCUUGCCUGGCUCUGGUGGCAUACCCAGCGGAUAGGAAAGGAGAAAUACCGGCUGCACCUGCUGUGUGAACACCACGACAUGCCACACCUGACUGACCACCCGGGUUACGAGCUGCAGCGACCAAGGGAGUUUUUGCGGAAGUACGAGCCCGUCCUGAGAGUUGGGGUGAAGGUUCUCAGCAUGAGCAUCACAAUGGCCCUGAGUAGGGGGGGUCAAGAGCUGGCCAACGUCCUCGGAUGGCUAGCUGAUCACUACUUGGACAACAAAAUGAAUCCUUACAAGAAGGUGAACGUCUUACUUGACGAGCUCCGCAAGGCACACCGAGGCAGCGGCAGUGGAGGGAAAAGGAACGGAGGGCUCCCCAUUGAAAAACGUUUGGCGAUGGAUCCGCAGCAGGAGGAGGAGCAGGAGGGUCAGCAGCAACAGCUGCAGCAUUUGUCGCCUUCAGAGCUGCUGGGCAUGCACCAACUGCAACUCGAGGGCUGUCAGGAGGCACGCAGGGAGAUCUGGUCGGUCCUGCAGGAACACGACCCCACCAUGGAGUACGGCAACCUACAGAAAGUGUAUACCGUUUCGGGGGACGUCCUUUGGCUCUGCAAGCACCACGUGAAGUCGUACAGGAGCCAGGGACUUCUUCGAGAGUAGCGGUAGCUGCUUAGUAUAAAUAUGCUAACUACAUCACCGUAGUCGUCUACUGCUGUCAUUCUCACAGCGGUUGGUGAAGACGGAGUUGGCUAUUGCGGUUAGAGGACGUACGCGGCGGAGGGCGGAUGCUUCCUGGGCACCUACUGUGAUGCUUCCUUCCUUGCUUCUUUGUGGCGCCUACUACGAGGCACGCAAUCAGGGAUUCCAGACUGGGGCCUAAAACUGACUACUUGGUAGGGCCCUAGCGCAGUAUGCGGACAUCAACUUCCUUGCUCGUUUUCAGGAGGUUUUUUAAGUUAUUGCUUGUAAGGUUUGUUGUGGAGCUCACGCAGAGGAACGUAAGGGCUUUAUUUUCUCCCGGGCGUUUUGUGGCGUACGUACGUACGACAUGCUUGCCGUGCGGCUGGGGUGGGUGGGUCUGGGGCCUGCCUUCCCCAUGUCAUGUGGUUUACAAUUAUACUUCUUACCCUCCCUUCUGAACCUACUGCAAAAGUACGGAGCGAGGGUACACGUACACGAGCGUUUCGAUUAUGUGCCGUUACUAACUGAGACUUAGGAGGAAGGAGGUCGCCUGGCCGCUAUCAUGGCUUUCCUUGGACCUGCGCCUUACGCAUGAUAGCUUGAGGUUGAAUAAUCUGCUUGAUUGGUGGUUAGUGGUGCGUGGGGGCGGGGGUGGGAAUUCCAUAUGCAGACGACCUGCUUGCGCUAAAGCCAUUAUAUUUUUAUUUAAAGAAGAUCCGCCAGUAGUUUCUGUAACAUCCUGCAGACGUGGCUAGCAGUGUUAGUUGGCGUACCGAUUGACGAUGUUUGGACUUCAGGCCGUUGGCCGUUAAUGUUAUUGGCGUGUUAAAACAAGCAAUUGACGUGGCAUGACUGUGACCGUGGCUUUUGGCGCCAUGCGUGUUGUUCUGUGGUACCUCAUCAAAGAGGAUGCCGCAAUGCACGCACUGCUGCCACACCGUUGGCGUUAAGACCGUUUGGGCGAUCUUGAAUUCGGCAAUUGAAUUUGGCUUUUCAUGGCAGAGACCGCGGAAGCUGACCUCAAGAAUGAAGGUUACAUUUUUGUAUGGUCACUUCAUUAAUGCUCCCGUUGCACGCCGCCUCACACUGCGGUAUUUAGAUGCGCACCGUGUAUGUCACCACUACUCAUGUGCCUGGUUACAGUCCAUCUAUCUGCUCCCUCCUUAGGAAGCGCGCUCUUUGCCUUUAUGUGAAAUUUGCCACGGUUAAUGUAAUUUGCAUGCGGAUCAUGCGUACUUCAAAACUUGUGUUAAGGAAACUGGCCGCGAGUCGGUGACUUGUGUGUAAUUGAGCAGAAACAAGAGCAAGCAGUUGGAACUCGUGUGUGUUAAGGAAACACACUUGUGCGUGUGUGUGUGCCUCAACGUGUGGACGUAGGCAGGGGUGUACCCGAGUCAAUUCCUCAAACCUGAUGGAGAAUAGACUGCAGUGCUGUCAUGUCCGGGCGUCUGUUCAUGUGUCUGUAAAACCAUGGCUCCGUGCAUGAGCUUCCGAUUCAGUUGGCCGCUGCUGCUGCUUGCGCUGUAACGUCACUAAUAAGCUGC